GCCAGGGUUGUUUAUUGUUACAUUACAAUUGACUUGGCCAAUAGCCUGCAAGGAACAACACUAUGGAACGUUGGCCCGGGAGUGACGUCAGGCGGGAUAUAAGUACCUGCAGUAGCGAGCGCCCGUGAUCCUAUGAUCGGAGAUGGCUCGUACUAAGCAGACGGCCCGUAAAUCGACCGGCGGCAAAGCGCCAAGGAAGCAACUGGCUACGAAGGCGGCCAGGAAAAGCGCACCGUCCACCGGCGGAGUGAAGAAGCCUCAUCGUUAUAGGCCAGGCACAGUUGCUCUCCGAGAAAUUCGGCGAUACCAGAAGUCUACUGAGUUGCUUAUACGUAAACUACCGUUCCAGCGUCUGGUGAGGGAGAUCGCCCAGGACUUCAAAACUGAUUUGAGGUUUCAGAGUGCUGCAAUUGGAGCUUUGCAGGAAGCCAGUGAGGCCUACUUGGUUGGCUUAUUUGAAGACACCAAUUUGUGUGCCAUUCAUGCUAAACGAGUGACCAUCAUGCCCAAAGACAUUCAGUUGGCCCGGCGCAUCAGAGGAGAGCGUGCUUGAAAUGUUACACGUUGAGAUUUUCUCAAAGUUAAUUGUAUUUUGAAAUUUAUAUUUUAAGAGGCCCAUUCCUGAAACGAUUUUGGACUACAGUCUUGGCUUCUGGUGAAGACUGGGCCACCUUUCAUUUUUUUUAGUAUUGAUAAUAAUUUUAAAUGUGUAAGUAGCAGAUCAUUUUGUAAACAUUCUUUGACUCUUGGCUCAGGUUUCAAAAUAAAACGUUUUGUAUCUUUA